AUGAGCAGCUCUCCACUCACAAACGUAACUGUCGCAGGAGGCACCGGAGUUUUGGGUUUUCACAUAGUCGAAGCCUUGUUGAAUGAUGGAUCUUUUAAUGUGAAAGUUCUUCGAAGACUGCCGAAAACCGCAAAUGAAAAAGCCGAGUUGUUGGCUUCCAAGGGUGCAGAAAUUAUCUACGCCGAUUAUAAUCAGCAUGAUGAUCUUGUCCAAGUUCUUAGUGGAACCGAUGCUCUAAUCAGUGCUGCAGCUCCCGGAGUAGCCAAUGGCGGUUAUGAUUUUGACGCUCUUCAAACGCCAUUGUUGAACGCUGCUAAGGCUGCCGGUGUGAGAAGAUUUAUUCCAUCCGAAUUUGGAACAGAGACUCAACUUGGUGAUCAUCCAAUGACCGAUACCAAAGCCACGUUCCGUCAGAAGGUUAAAGAAAGUGGACUUGAGUAUACUUUUAUUAUAACUGGAACUUUUGCAGAAUAUCUUGGUUGGGUUGGGUUUGAUAUCAAAAAUAAGACCGCUAAAUUCUACGUCGACGGCACUUCUGCAUUGGCCGUUACCAGUUUGUCAGACAUCGGCAAAUAUACUGCUGAGACUCUUAAAUUGGAAGAAAGCCGCAACGCGACUAUCAGGAUUGCUGGUUCGAUGUUUCCACUAAAUGAGAUACUCAAAUUGUUUGAAGAAGCUACCGGCUCUAAAUGGGAAGUUACCGUAGAUAAAGAAAUUAAACACAGAUACGAGAAUAAGAUUGAUCCGGUUCCCUCACAAAUGGAAGUGUUUGUAGCCGCUAUUUCAGAAAAAGGAUCAUUCGGAAAUAUUGAUAAUAACAAGUUUAGUUUUAGCCCUCGCCCUCUCGCUGACGAUAUCGCUGUAAUUGUCCAACAGGCGUCUGGUUGA